GUUUUCCAUGGUUAGGUCUUCAGAAUAUGAGUUUGUAAUGAUCUGGAUUCAUAAGUGAUGACGAAAGCCUCCAUGUCAAUGAAAGAAUUAAGACUACUCAAGGACAAAUUGGAAACUGCAGUCUCUUGUAUCAGUUUGAAUACACUGAAACCAGUAAAACUACCGCUACUACAGAUUUGAUUUCCAAAGACACUCGGAACCUAUAAGAGGCAUUUAGACACAGGAGAUUGAAACAUAGUCAUUCUGGAAAAACCAUUCACGUAAAUGAUGAUUUUUGGAUUGCCAGGAGAAGUUUUGUUUUAAAUAAUCAAAAUGCAUUACAUUUGCUCAUUGCGUUUUUUCGUCAUGAAUUGCUAGUUCAGGCCAACUGUGGGGCUUCCUCAUUUAUAAACAUUACUGUUUCUUAAUUCUGAUUGGUUUUUCAUGUUCAGUGCAAAAUGCCUUUACCUCUGAUCUUCGUAUUGCUAGUAUUCAGUUUAUGUCAUUGUAGCAAACUUAAUUCACAGCACUUCAACUCAGAACGUUCAUUCACUAUAGACUACGGAAAUCAUGUUUUCAUGAAAGAUGGUGCACCUUUCCAAUACAUCUCUGGGAGUGUACAUUACUCCCGCAUUCCGAAAAUUUACUGGCAUGAUCGACUUUAUAAAAUGAAGGCUUCUGGAUUGGAUGCUAUUCAAAUUUAUGUGCCAUGGAAUUUUCACCAGCCUGAAGAGGACAUAUUCGACUUCACUGGAGAUCGAAAUCUGACAGAAUUUAUAAGCUUGGCAUCAUCAUUAGAUCUUCUAGUAAUAGCUCGAGUUGGACCUUACAUUUGUGCUGAGUGGGACUUUGGUGGACUUCCAGCGUGGCUUUUGCGGGUGAAUCCACUGAUGAAAAUACGCAGCAGUGACCCGGAAUAUAUGAAGUAUGUGAGACAGUGGUUCAACGUUCUACUACCCAGCAUUAAACCCUUAUUAUAUGAAAAUGUGGGACCAAUAAUUAUGGUACAGCUGGAAAAUGAGUAUGGCUCGUAUAUAAAUUGUGAUCAAAAAUAUAUGACAGAAUUGUAUGAUUUAGGACGUUCUCUUCUAGGUGAAAAUAUUUUAAUUUUCACAACAGAUGGUGCUGACCUACAGCUUUUGAAAUGCGGAUCAUCUGAUAAACGUUAUCUAGCUACAAUCGACUUUGGUCCCACAACCAUCCCUGUUCCCAAAGCAUUCGAACCUCUAGAAAUGUUUCGAGCAAACCAACCAUGGGUGAACAGUGAAUACUAUGUCGGUUGGUUAGAUGUUUGGAACGGUAUCCACAAUCGAGUCGAUCCUAUACGGGCAGCAACUGCAUUAAAUCACUUGAUUAGUUAUUCAGAGAGAGUUAAUGUCAAUAUCUAUAUGUUCCAUGGGGGAACUAAUUUCGGAUUUUGGAAUGGUGGAGCUAGACCAAGGUCAUCAAUUACAAGUUAUGAUUACGACGCACCUAUCAGUGAGUCCGGUGAUAUAACAUGGAAGUAUAUGGUUUUUAGAGAACUAUUAUUUAAGAGAAAAGGUAUAAAGCCACCACAGUUGCCUCAGAAUACUACUAAAAAAGCAUACGGUAAAGUUAAAAUGAUGCUCAAAUCUCACCUGCUGACUAAUAAAGGUCCAGUUACGCAUGCUAAUUUUCCAGUACAUAUGGAGCGCUUGAGACAGUAUAAUGGAUACAUGAUCUACUCAGUGCCUUUAACAAUCGAUAAACCCGAGAAGCUAUUUUUAGAUUUCUUUCGUAUCUCAGAUAUUGCUCAUAUUUUUACUGGUGAUAAGUCUGGACGUUAUACAUAUUAUGGCUCACUGGAGUACAAGGAUAAAGUUUUUAAAAUGGAUAAUAUUCAUGAUGUACAGAAUUUAACCAUAAUCGCAGAAAAUGCUGGUCAUGUUAAUUACGGUUUCGAAAUGAUCUAUGAUAAGAAGGGGAUUAUUGGACCAGUAUUUCUUAACAGUAAAGUACUUGAUGUCUGGGAAAUGAUUCCAAUUAAAGAUCCUUUUUCCUUAGACUACGUAUAUCAAAAGUAAGUUAAGCUUCACUAAUCUUAUAAAUCUACAUUAAAUUAGUUUAUAUGCCUCCGUUCAGCUUUAAACAGAGAUUUAUUCUAUGGUAUUAAGAGUUAUUGUGGUGCUGUUUUCCUGUUGUAAUUUUAUUUAACACGGAAAGGUUUCACUGAUGUCAUCAUUUAAAUUUUAUGUCAUGUAUGUAAAACUAAUGUAUUCAGUUGCUGGGGUAGGACAAUUUAGAGACUAAGAAGAACUACUCGCUAGAUGAUCCGAGAGGAAAUACAAAAAUCUUAUGUCUAUUUGACCAUACAUAGUGUAGUGCUAAUAUUUAUACUAUCCAUCUCUCUUAUAAACAACUUACUAUACGAGGAUGCGCAUAAUUUAUUUCAUACUCUAUGAUUUUGCACAACAAAAAACAACAACUACUAGUUAUUGGAAUCAGAGGAUUAUUUUGACACAGAUUACCACUAAAAGCAAUUGUAAUUUUUAAAGCAAGAAUAAGUAAUUGUAUAUCAAGCUGUCAAUUUCACCUUUACAUUCUUCUCCUCCGAAAACUAGCAUUUUCACAACAUUUCAAUGUGUUUUUCUUUAUUUGACACUAAGACUAUCAGCUACGUAUUGAAUACAUGGUUGAUUGUUGAUUUUAAAAAUUGGAUGCACAUACGCAUCUGUCAGUUUUCUGUGAUGCUACAUAACGGUGAUUCACAAUAUUUUGUUUAAAUGUUACUGUUGUAGUAUUUUGUUAAUGAACAUUGCAGAAAAAUUAUCAUAAAGUAGGGGAAGUGGAAUACCUUUCCAUCAAUGAAUUGUUUGUUACUUCACAGCCAACAUGAUUGCAGUUGAACACGAAGGCACCCUGGUUGAAAGUGAGUGGCCAGUACCUGGACGCAUUUACCAUGGAACAUUUACUGUCGAUGAACUUGGUGAUACAUUCAUUCAUCCUGACUCUUUUUCACGAGGUAUAAUUUCAGUUAAUGGCUUUCACAUUGGUCGAUUUGAUCAGAUUCAAGGACCUCAGCUUCGACUUUAUGUGCCUAAAUCAUUUUUAAAGUUAGGGGAGAAUCAACUGGUCAUUACAAUAUUGCAAGGUCCUGUUAAGCGAUUCGGUGAACAACAGGUUGAGGUUUCAUUUCAUGAUUCAAUGUUAUGGAGCAAAUAGCGAAGAAAGCUGUGCAUAAGUUGGUGAUUUAUCAGUCGUGGUCUCUAAUAUGUACUCAAUGAACUGAACUAAUAUCUUUUUCUUUUCUUUAAUUAUCAUUCUAAUUAAUUAACUUUAAUUCCAUUACGUUGAACUCUCUCCAGAUUCUUGUCAAUUGUUUUUGUUUCUUGCAAAUGACUGUUAUCUUUUCUAAACAAACGUUGUCAUAAGGUUUUUGGUUUCAAUAAUUAUUAUAUUUUAUCAAACAGUCGCAAAUUUUCACUUUCCAAAUUUCAACAACGCGAUGGAGGUCUUAACAAAAGUCUGAUGCUACGUAUUACCAAAUACCGAGAAUAUCUUCUCUGAUGAAUCCGGGGACAUUAAAUGGAUGAAUUUUAGAAAACAGAUUCCUGCUAAGCGGUUUAAUGGUGAAAUGCGAAAACUUAAUUGCUUAAGGAGAGUAGGUUUGUUCUUUUAUUUUCGAAUACACUAAUUCUGUCCAUGGGCUCAUAGUUUUAGAUGAAUUUCUUCAUUGAUUAUUCACAUUUUAAAAAGCAUUUAUAACCAAGAAUAACUGGAAGAUCAUUUUUUCAUUGUUUGAAUCCCUUCAUUAACACUCUCUAGUGAACUUAAGAUGCAGAAACUUAGGAGUUAAUUAAACCCUCGUACAAGGAACAAUGUAAAAUGACUUCUAG